UUUUCAAAACCUAACCUCUAGUCCGGUGGUCAUAGUGAUAAAGAUUUUUACAGUCUGCACAAGAUAUAGAAAAAUGUUCUACCUACUGUUUCUGAUGGUAUUGUCUAUUCCGUGCGAUGGGCAAAAUGCGGACACUGGGAACCAACCGCUAAUCAAUGCACAAAUCUAUUCCAGUAUGUUUGUGAGGCGACGUGAGGAGCACAAGACGUUGCUGGAUCACUUCCAACGCACAGAAAAAUAUGAUCGAAAGUUUAAAUUGUUAGAGAUCGGCAUCAAUCAAAUCCUUGCUAUCCUUCGUGAGAAUAGACCGAAAUUGGUUCAAGAGAACUACUCGACAUCAGGAUUUCCAAAAACCAGUAAUAUGAUUGAUGCUUUAACACUAGUCGUGGAAAAUACGUGUCUCAUUGGUGAUUUAAUACUUCACAUGCCUGAUUUGAGCGAUAAAAUCCUGUCGAAAGACAAUGAUUGGAAGGAAACGUUAAACUGGGCCGUACAAUUUACAGUAGGUGUUCACGACGUCGUUGACCCGAAAACGAGGAAAAUGUUAUCUCUCGUCGAUCAGGAGAUUAACGUUGAAAGGCGAACAAGUGAUUACAUUAACCCGUAUAGGGAAAUAGAGCAGCCAUCAGCUAAGAAACGAUCCAAAGAAAAGAAAAAAUUGAAGAAAGGACCGCAGUUGCGUUCUGCCGGUCGAACUGAACUAUAAAAUAAAAACGAAAUCGUUUCGCUUAAAAAA